CUCUGGCUAGUAUGUGACAUUAUUUGAUUAAUUGAGCUGGGAGUAGAAACAAAACGUUGUCGUUGGUGAUAAUAAUGGUUUAAAUUUUGUGUGAUUAGUAUUUAUUUUAAUUUUAUUGAGAAAGUAAUUUGAUCACUGCUAUUUUUCUAGUUGCCUCUGCUUCUUUGAUGGGAAUGUUGGCUCUGCUACUAAUGUCGUCUUUUUUUUUUUCUGCAAGUGAUUUAGGUCAAGUUCUUUCGAAAAAUAUUUAUAUCUUUGUUAUUUUAUUUUUUGCUGUAAACUGUAAGCAGUUUUAUCUUCAAUAACAAUUUAAGUCUGAGAUGUAUGCCAAAGCAUUUUUAUACAAUUGAGAAUUACUUAAUCUAAUGUGCAACUUUAACUUGUAAGAUUUCACCUACAAAUAAGUAAAUAAAAAUUGUAUUGAGGGCUGAGGCAAUUGCUUUAUGCAUUUUGAUACUUAUCUUCGUGGUGCUUUAUAUAUUUUACUCAAGGAUAAGUAUACUCAGUUCUAUUAUUUGUGUGUUACUGCAGGCUGCAAGUUUGGAUUCUAUCACUUCACUCGUUAAGAAUGACUUGAUAACUAUUGAAACACUGGUCAAAGAGAUGGAAAUGUAUCUGACCACUACAGAUAAUGUCAUUCGAGCUAGAGGUACCCUUCUUCUUGCGGAAGUUCUUGGACGUCUUGCUUCAAAGCCACUAGGCAGUGCUAUCAUUCAUAGCUUAAUUGGAUUCUUCACAGAUAGGCUGGCAGAUUGGAGAGCAUUACGUGGGGCUCUUGUUGGGUGCUUAGCAUUACUGAGGAGAAAAAGUGAUGUUGGUGUAGUCUCUUCCACUGAUGCAAAAGCAGUUGCUGAGGUGUACUUAAAGACCCUACAGGUGCAGUCUUUAGGUCAGCAUGACAGGAAGCUUUGUUUUCAGCUUCUGGAAUGCGUCUUACAAUGCUAUCCCAAUGAGGUUGCUUCCUUGGAAUUAUAUUGAAGAUGGCUCGCUUGACAAAAGAUGGUAGCUCUCGAGGACAAAAGUCUCCUGCGGAGUCAGUUAGCAAGCCUCCCGCAAAGACAUUGAUUAUACCUUCUAAAGAACUUGUGCAAGUUAUAGCAAAGGAUGUUUCUGUUACAAGUGAGGGGUUUUUAGAUGAGGCUCAGUGUGAAAAACAGCAAGAACAAAUUUGGAGCUUAGAAAUGUAUGGAGUAUGACUGCAACUAGGGAAAGCUGUAGAAAUAUACAGGUCACUGAUAAUUACACUAAUUUUUAUAGUUUUAUAAUUACUGAUAUUUUCUAAACUUUCUAGUUCUCUGAUUUUGCACCACGCAAUAGUGCAUGUGAAGGUAGUUCAUAUGAUUGUGUUUAUGGUUUGUCUUUAUUAUUAUUAUUAUUGCUGUUGUUGUUUUUCGUACUCCAUUUCUUGAAUCCCACUGCUGCUCAAUUAAUUACAAUACCUUACUCGUUACUGUUCAUGGCUAUAAAGCCUUUACUUCUGGAGAUUAUUAAUACAUACCGUCUGUCCAAAUAUUUUCACCUUUUCAUGGUAUCCUUGCCCUUCUUGUAAUGCUUUAGACAAUACUUGGUGAUUGGCUCUGCUUUGAACUUGUCAAGUGAGAUGCAUAAAUAAUGCUGUUUCUUUUUUUUUUAGACUUUCUAAAGUUAUAAUUAAUUUUCUGACAUUUUUAAUUAGUUUCUGCUUGUUUGAAGUAUAUUUCAAUAUUUGUAAUUGUAAGGGGCAAUUCAUCUAAAUACUAGCAUGCUUCUUUAAUUCUAUGUUGUUUAUUACAGUCCUUUUUUUUUGUGCAGUCCCUGAGAAACCUGUAAUUAUUUCAAUAUAUUGUCAACAUUCUUGAAAGUGAUUUUGUACCGCACAAUAGUGCAUAUGAAGGUAGUUCAUAUGAUUGUAUGUAUGGUUUUAUGGAUUUAACUCCAUGGCUACAUUCUUAAGCUGUAAAUCACUGUUGUUUGCAGGUCUCAUGAGCUGGGCGCAUUUGAAAGAGUCCUUGCUUAACAUGCUUUUGGUAUGUACUAUCUUAAGAAAAGAAUAAUGAAGGGAUUUAUUCUUGUUGAUGUGCUAUUUUCAAAGUGAUUUUUACUGCAGCAUGGCUCUUAUGUUUGAAGCUAAUCUUCUACUGCAGGGAUCCCCUGUUUUAUGGUUUUAUAUAUGAUGAAUUUGUAGUUAUUUUUCUGUGUAAAAAUAUAUAAUUUGCCAAAAACAUGGUCACUCAGCCAAUCCUGAGGAUGUUUUGCAGGUAUACGAUGAACCUAAAUGGAAGCUUGAAAUUGUUGUGCAGUACUUUUGGAAAUAUGUGGGAAAGCCUUCUGUCCGUACUCGUAGGUCUAAUGGUUGUGUAGAUGAUACAACAUUUAGUGGAGCAUUGAAGUGCUUUUCAGAUAUCACCGGCACAAAAAGCGCUGUUAAAAGAAUUGGGACUGAAGUAAUUCAGUUACUCUUAGUACAUGGAU